AUGGCAGAUUUAACAGGAAGCGAUGACUACAAUCUCCAUCUCCGUCUCAUUGAUCUGUCAUUGAUACAGCCACAGAGCGAGGCCAUCGACGGUCCACAAUUGGUGAAAAUGUUUACAGACGAGGAAAUCUUCAAAUCCUGGUGGACCGAGAGCCGCCUGUGGAUGCGGCGGUCCUGGCUAUACGAGGAUGACCGCGUUGAUAUGGUAUUGAAAUGGCUAAAGGACUCCGCUGUCACUAAGAACCUUCCAGAAAAGGACAUGGCAUGGGUCAAGAGUCUGAGUUCGAAGUCGAAGCCUGAUGCAGAUCUUCUGGAGCAUAUCGCCAAAUUCAUGGCGCAUAAAUGGCUGCAGACGAGUGAUUGGAAUGUUGCGGAGUUGUUUUAUUGGGUAAAUGCAUAUUCGAACAAGACCGAAGAUCCGAGACCAAAGAAGAUUCCAGCGUCUCGAUUCCAUGAGGUAGCUGAGUGGGGUCGACAAUGCCUUGGACUGGACAGUCUUGGUUAUGAGGAAACACAAAACGUCGCUAGAACGUUGAGAGAAUUUGGGAAGUUGGAUGAUGCGGUCGAAACAUUCAAGCGGGCAUCGUCACUUCAAGAAGAUACUUGGUUCGCCAGAUGGGGUCUUGCGCGGGCUUACAACCUCCAAGGAAAGUUUGCGCUGGCAGUUGAAACUCUAGAAGCAGUUAAAGCGUCCAUCGAAAAUGGAAAAUUUAAGCGCGAUAAACCUGGGAAGUCUUUGCAUAAACUCAACCAAGAUUUGGCCUGGUGGUACAAAGAAGCCGGGUAUGUUGAGAAAGCUUUGGACCUUUAUGAGUCCAUAUUACAGGAACAUCCGGAUGACUAUUGGUCAGUCUUUGGUAUGACGGUAGUUCUACAUGACAAAGGGGGCUAUACACAGCUGGUUGAAUUGCUCGAACACUUGAAAAAGUCCAAAGACGAGGACACCGGUCUCGAUCGGCGCACGCGAAUUUUCCACGAGUUUUACUGGAGUGACGAUUAUCAUGGCACCAUCGCCGCUGCCGGAAAAAUGCUGAAUGGCAGCGGCAUCACGACUCUGAAGGAUAGCUAUCGCACUGCUGUCGAUGCGGCAGUAGAAAGGGUGCAACUUGCUAAGGAUCAACGAAAUCGAGAACGAGAAAAGGGCGCAAAAGAAAUCAUGGCUAUGCUGAAGUACCACUGCGCCAAGUUCUUCUAUCACAACUACACAUGCACCGAGGAAAAGGAGAUGGCGUUGUCCAUGUGGGUGCAGAUCAUCCAGUUAGACGAAACCGAUAUGAGCUUGUUCCUAGAGCGAGCAAAGUUGUAUGCCACCCGGGCUCUCUCUAGCCUCUAUUUUGAAUCGGCACUCCAGGCGGGACAAGACACUGAACUGGCAAACAAAUACAUCGAUCAUCUAGAGCAUCUUGCCACUUUGAAAUUGGACAGAAACCUGACGGAUGAGAUGAAGGAGAAAUAUCCGCGACAGUUACUGGCUCGAUACUAUGCGCUUCGUGAGAAGAUGGAGAAGACAAAGAGCGUGAUCGGCCCCUUUGUCAAAUUCAAUAUAGAUCUUUUGUCGGAUGACAAUCCCAGCAACAAUUGGCAGGGAUGUCAUGGUCUAGCAGCGCACUUCAUGUUUGCUGGUCAGGAUGAUGACUCUCUGGCCGCAUGGUCACUCAUCGUACCCAUUCAAGAAGAUGAGGACGCGGAUGCUACCAAAGAGCUGGAAGGUCCUAUCGGAAAUGCAUGCGAUGGAAGAUGUGGAACCAAUUGGACCUACGCAAACGAUAUGUUUAUUUGCCGAGUAUGUGCGGACGUGCAGUUUGAUGAGGGUUGCCUCAGAAAGCUACGAGAGGGGACUUUGGAGCUUCAGGUGUGCAGCAAGAGCCACGAAAUGUUGCACGUUCCCGAGUAUGAUGAGGAAAAACUGAGAAAAAUCGGAAAAGGGAAUGUGAUGGUCGGGCAGGAAGUCAUGGCAGUGAAAGAUUGGAUUCAAAAGAUUAAGCAUGAUUGGGGCUUUUCUAAAGAUUGA